GUGGUUGUGGGCCGUUCACGUGGAAGCCCAAAUGUUCACGGUCGUGUAAAUUGAAAAUCGCGUCUCUCCAGCUUCGAACGCGUCGACCUCAACUCAACAUCCGGCAAAACACGAUAUGACAACCACCAACGCUUCAGAAAUAGGAGAAUCUUCUACCAGUGCUGCAAAAAAAGUAUUGAAAGCAAAUACUAAUGGAGUUACAAAUUAUGAACUACCAUGGUAUGUACUUAAAUAUCUUGAUUGUGCAAAGAGGAGGCUAAUAAAGAGCAAAUAGGGUUGAAAAAUAUCGACCAGUAUUUCUCGAUGAUGUAGUAGGAAAUACAGAGACGAUAGAACGACUCAAGAUUAUUGCGAAAGAUGGAAACAUGCCGCAUGUUAUUAUUUCUGGUAUGCCAGGUAUUGGAAAGACGACGAGUGUAUUGUGUCUAGCUAGGCAACUGCUAGGAGAUUCAUACAAGGAGGCAGUUUUGGAAUUGAAUGCUAGUGAUGAGAGAGGUAUAACAUGCCCCAAAUAACUUCACGGGUGUAAUCAAGCUAAUAUCAAGAUAAUCAGGUAUCGAUGUUGUACGUAACCGCAUAAAAGGAUUUGCACAGAAGAAAGUCACUCUCCCCGCCGGUCGUCAUAAACUUGUUAUCCUCGAUGAAGCAGAUAGUAUGACGUCUGGAGCUCAACAAGCCUUACGUCGUACGAUGGAGAUUUACAGUUCGACCACCCGAUUUGCCUUUGCAUGCAAUCAAUCAAAUAAGAUCAUUGAACCUUUACAAUCCAGAUGUGCAAUUUUACGAUAUGCCAGAUUGACAGAUGCGCAGGUGGUCAAGCGGUUGUUACAAAUAAUUGAGGCCGAGAAGGUGGAAUAUAGUGAAGAUGGAUUGGCUGCAUUGGUUUUCAGCGCCGAGGGAGAUAUGCGCCAGGCUAUCAAUAAUCUACAGUCAACUUUUGCAGGUUUUGGUUUCGUUAAUGGGGAUAAUGUGUUCAAGGUUGUGGACUCGCCUCAUCCGAUCAAAGUACAAGCUAUGAUCAAGGCAUGCUACGAGGGGAAAAUUGAUUCUGCAUUGGAAACGCUGAACGAGUUAUGGGGUUUGGGAUACUCGAGCCACGACAUUAUAAGCACAAUGUUCAGGGUUACAAAGACGGUCAAUACUUUGAGCGAGCAUUCGAAGCUGGAAUUUAUCAAGGAAAUUGGAUUCACGCAUAUGAAGAUUUUGGAAGGAGUUCAGACACUACUUCAGUUGAGUGGUUGUAUUGCAAGACUUUGCAAAUUGAAUAUGGAUCCAAAACAAUUCGUUGCUAAAUAA